AUGUGGAUAUUGAGAUAUCAGUAUGGAUUAGAAGAUGGAGGUAUUAAAAAGGUAUCAAUUUGCUUGGAAAGAUCGAUAGCGUACAGCAUUGGAAGAUCAAGUAAAAAUCCAUUGAGUAUUAAGAAUGAUAAAAGUAUCUCAAGACAACAUAUAACUAUCAAAUGGGAACCCUCGGGUCAAUUACAUCUGGUAAACCAAGGUAAAUUAACCUCUGUUAAAGAAAGAUACUUGGCCAUAGAUGAAUCCUUGAUUUUUAACGUCGUAGAUACAAAAGAAUUAGAUGUUCACUUAGGGACAAAUCCAGUGAUAGUACAAAUAAGAUGGCAACCAAUGAACUUAUAUAUACCGAACAUGUAUGAACAAUUUAGGGGAUUAUUAACUAAAUAUGGUAUUGAAGUGACAUCUGAUAUUUUGCAAGAAGAUAGCCACAUAACCGCUGUAGUUAUGACUCCCAAUGACUAUUAUGUGCCAUUGUUAGCACUGGCUCUGGGAAUUCCAGUAUUCAAAUCACAGUAUUUAACAGAAGUUUCUAAUAUGUUAAGACCAGACAAUAUAACGUUUGAUACAGAUGUGCAAAAAAUAAAUUCCAUGGAAUCUCUAAAACUAGUACCGUCAUUUUCAUUAUCAAACAAUAGUAAGAAUUUUUUUCAAGAUUAUUUUUUCAUUAUUACACUUAACAAGAGUUCUGUAUCUGAACAUGCUGAUAAAUCAUUCAUUUUACGAAAAUCUCUCCAAUUAAUCGGUGGUGAAGAAGAAAUAAUAAAGGACCCUACCGAAUUACAAAACUCUGUAACAAAAAUCCUCUCAACAUCAGGAAAAAAUAUUGUAAUUGUAACAGACGAAGACAAUGGCAAAAGAAUGAUUAUGAAUUUUGAAUGUCGUAAUGUAAAAGAUAUUUUUGAUUCCUUUGUGAAGAAUGACCCAAAAUUAUUGAAAUCGAAUUUGACUGAAACAGGCGUCGUUUCUCCUAAGGCUCCAGAAAUAUUUGAAAAUGAGAAGCUAAUGGUAGAGAUUCAAGAACCACCUAUCGAAGCAGCUAUAACAGAGGAAUCUACCUCGAGUAAAAAUUUAAAACAUACACCUCCAGAACCUGUAACUACACAUAUCGUUAAAAAAAGACGUCUAGCAAGAAAAAGAGUAAAACCGUUGGAAAGUUUAGAUUUUUUCGUUGGUGGUUCCACCACUGGUACUCCUUUCGAAACCUCUUCAACUACGUUACAACAAGAAAUAAUCGAACCAAAAGUUCCUGACGUAGCUCCAAUUUUAAACGAACAAAUACAGCAGUCACAAGUAAAUAAAAGCAUUAAUGAACCCGCAAAGGAUAUAUAUUCUAUUGGUGGGUCGGAUAGGAAAGAAACUGCUGCCCUUACCUAUGCUACUAUAGAUAAACAUAUGCAAGAACCUACACAACAAAUAGACGAUAUUCCUUCACAACAUAUUGAUAUCUCUCCUCAUGGAAAUUCAAAUGAACAAGAGAAGAGGUCAAAUAGUUCUGAAAAGUCACCGAUGAUAACCCAACAGGUGAACGAUGAAAAAGAUGAAAAGAUAUCUAAUGCAAAGGCCUUAAAAAUUGGAAAAAGAGAGGAUUCCAAACGAUAUUCAGAAACUACACCUAAAUCGAUGGUAGAGACCAUUCAAGAUAUCAAAAAUAGAGAAGUUACAAGAUUACAAUCAUCCAUAGCACAUGUUGAUGCAGAAGAAUUAACUGAGGAUGCAAUCAAUGAAUUUAGUAAUUUAGCCAUUGUUGAAUCAAAUGCAUCUUUAAUACGACGAACUGAAAACAAUGAUAAUACUAAUAAGUCAACGAAUAGUGUUGUAAGGCAUGAUUCUCCUGAUAAUAUUAUGAAUGUAUUGGAAGGACGUAGAAACUUCAAAAGAUUUGUUAAAGUAUAUCCUAAAUAUAUUCAAAAUAAAAAUGAUUCGAAUAAUGAAAGAGGAGAUAAUGGUGCAUCCGACUUCAUACGAAACAAUGCAUUCUUAAUUACAAGAAAUUAUGUUCCUUUGAAACAAUAUAGCAAGUACGAUGAUUCUCAUGGUGGGAAAAACGGGUUUAAUGAUGAAGAAAUGCUGGAAAAAGAAUAUGUUGAAUAUGAUAAUGAAGAAGCUGGAAAUGGGCUAUCUAGUACACAGCACGAAAAUGAAAAUGGUGUACACCUAUCGGCUACGAAUCAAGCACAUUUCCAAAGGUCGAGAUCUAGUCAGAGUUCGUAUAAUGUUGAUGCUGACGAAGACAGUAAUGAGGAUGACAAUAUCAAAUCAUUUUCCUUUAGUAGAACAUCAUUACCAAAGGAGCCAGCACCGAACAAACUGUUUGUUCCAGAUGAAGAUGAAGACGAAGACGAAGAUGAGGUAGCAGCUCAUAAUCUUGGAAUUGACAUUGUAAAUCCAGAUGUUCGAGAUGUUCCAGAAGUUCCGAAGAGAAACCCUGAGAAAAGAAAGAAGGUAUCAAAAAAAAGUUCUCCAAAGGGAAGAGGUCGUUUUAUUGAUAUGGAGAACGUUGACAAUGAUAGUGUUGGAGAUGAAGAUGACGAUGACGAUGAACCUAAGUUUAAGUUUAGAAGGAAACGAUAA